AUGAAGAUGAUUCUAACUAUCUCCUUCUUCAUUUUCUCUCUUCUUUCCCUCUCUCAUGCAUCAGUAGUAGAUUUCUGUGUAGCAGAUUACAAUGCACCAAACGGCCCGGCUGGAUAUUCUUGCAAAACACCCAAAAAGGUAACCGCUGAUGACUUCGUCUUCCACGGCCUAGCUAAAAGUGGAAACACCACAAACAUUAUCAAAGCCGCUGUUACACCUGCAUUCGACGCGCAAUUUCCCGGUGUAAAUGGACUUGGAAUUUCCAUUGCGCGAUUAGAUUUAGCUGGAGGUGGAGUCAUUCCACUUCACACUCACCCCGGUGCUUCGGAGAUAUUGGUUGUAGUUCAAGGAACAAUCUGUGCUGGUUUUGUUUCCUCCGACAAUGUUGUUUACCUUGACACACUUGACAAAGGUGAUGUUAUGGUUUUCCCACAAGGGUUGUUGCAUUUCCAAAUUAAUAGUGGUGGUUCUAAUGCACUUGCUUUUGUUAGCUUUAGUAGUGCUAAUCCUGGUUUACAGAUAUUGGAUUUCGCUUUGUUUAAAAGUGAUUUUCCGACUGAGCUGAUUACUCAAACCACUUUUCUUGAUGCUGUUGUGGUGAAGAAGCUUAAGGGUGUUCUUGGAGGUAGUGGUUAA